UACAGUGCGGCAGGACCACAUGCAAUAAUAAACGGCAAAGAAGUAGUGAACUUCACAUCAGCAAAUUACCUUGGUUUUGUGGGACAUGAAAAGCUGCUAGAGUCCUGUACCAAGUCACUGGAGAAAUAUGGUGUUGGUUCCUGUGGUCCUCGUGGAUUUUAUGGGACAAUUGAUGUUCACCUUGACUGUGAGACCAAAAUAGCGAAGUUUCUUGGAACUCCUGAUUCUAUACUUUAUUCCUAUGGACUUUCAACGAUGUUUAGCAUAAUUCCAGCAUUUUGCAAGAAGGGUGAUAUUAUUGUAGCGUGCGUAUCUCUUAUCAAUGUUUCCUCAAUGGCAAAAGUCUUACAUAAUGCAACAUAAGUACUUCCUGGAAGUUUUGAAUGAAGAAUUUGUGUAUUCAGAUGGUAUAACUUGUGCAAAUAUGUCAUGAGCACCGAGGCAUAUUGAUGGAUAA